AAAGAAGAAUUUAGCGAAGAUACAAUAUCUACUGUUUAGUGUAAUGCAAACUCUUUGCGUUGUAAUUGUAUGGACAAAGAAUGCCAAGUAAAGUAGAUCCAUGCCAGUCAAAAGCGUGUGACAUUCAAAAAUGUUUGCAAGCUAACAACUACAAAGAAGAAGCUUGCGAGCAGGUAAUUAAUGCGAUGAUCAAAUGCUGUGAAAAAUAUCAAUCCAAUCAGUCUGUUGUGUGCUCCGGGUUUAGGAAAAACCAAAAGCAAUGAACCGUCUGCUUAAGCACUGAAGAUCAAAAAGAUAAAUUUCCAAUUGCUGAGUAUAAUAUACUAGACAUGGAUCCCACACUUAAAUGUGAUCCCAGGAGGAAUGCAUUCACCUUAAUGGAGAAGGAGUAUUUAGUUGACUUGGUUGAAGAACACAAACAAAUUUUGGACCCACUGAUUCGCUACAAUGACUCAAUGACCGUAUUUAAACGGAAACAGUCUUGGAAAUUAAUCGAGAAGAGGUACAACGACAAGUUCAAAGAAAAUCCAAGGGAUAUUGAUCAGCUCAAGCGAAUGUGGUCAAAGAUAAAAGUACAGGUUAAGAAACACAUGAAUGUGGCAAGGAAUGAAGAUAAUGUGUGGACCCUAGCGAGGGCGAUGUUUCACAAGCAUGUGCGUAAUGUGAGGGAUGACAGUCAGAAGAAAGACGUCAACCUUGAAUCAAUAGUUGCGCAGAUAUCCGCAAGGAAGGAUCUUGUAUCGAGCCACACUGAAUCUGAAACAAACGGCUCGCAGCAUGAGAACAGCACUCCACAUACAAAUGUGUCUUCAGAUGAUGAUUUGAUAGUUCUGAAUGUCACAGAAAAUCGUUCUAAGCCUCCUGCAAACAAAGCUGGCCAAAGUAACCCAGAGGUGGUAUUGAACAGCGAACCUGUAGCAAAUGCAAUUAUACCAGUGACCUAUCCAACAGCUAGCCAGGAUAAGAACAAUUAUGUGUGUACCCAGCAGGGGGAGGCUGUGCCAACAGAUAGAACACCAAAUCAAUUUUCAAAUACAAACUAUCAGAACACAGUUGAAUGUAAUGGCAUAAACACAGACAAUUACCAAAGUCAACAGAUUCCCAGUACUGAUCAUUUGACUCCAUUUGAAUACUGUCAUGACCUUUCAACCUCAAAAUCGUUAGAGAACACGGGGGAAUAUUCACUUUGGCACAAUAUCCACUCCCUUGAUGAUAGGUUAACUCAGGAAGACUCGCUAUCAGAUACUAGAGGUGCGAAUAUCCGAAACAAGAUCUCCAGACGUCGCCCGCAUGGAUUAGGGACCGAUUGUUACAUCAGCAGAGGUAGGGUUACAAAAGCUAGACGUGAUGGUUAUAGGCAUCGUUUCUUAAAGCGUAAUGGAAAUCGCCUGAUGCAAAAUGAUAUACGGAUUGGCAAAAGAUUAAGCCAACGAGAAGAGGAUGAGAGGUAUGAAGAAGGUGAAGGAGACAAUCAAUUGAAAGAGAAAGACUUUUUAAGUGAGAGUUCGUACAGGAAGCGAGUACUUGAGCUUGCCGAGGAAGAGCACGCUGAGAAGAUGCGUGUUUUGAAAUUGAAAUGCGAGGUGCUUGAGUUACAAAAACGCGAGCUGGAGAGCAAGUUGCAAAAAUGAUAUGCUGUAAGAUAACAUCAUUGGUUUUAUUUGCAUUGUAGUGCUGUUGGUAAACUAAGCAUGGAGAGACUAUCCACUGCUCUUUUCCAGAGUGUAAUUUUUAGAUGCACAUGAGCCAUGUUAUAAAGAGAACUAGUUAACCACAGAAGUUUGGCUCACUCUACGAUUACCUACAGAAUGCAUGAGUGAUGAGGUGUGCGCAACAUAACGUUUCAAUGACAAUCCACUCAGUCAGCAGACGGCGUUACGUCAUCAAGCGCUCACAGAGAGCACAUACAGGUUCAUCGGUCGACGGUUGUCGAUGCAGUGUAUGCUUUAAAUGUUUCUUCCAUAAGACAGUGCGCUGUAACCAGUAUUCUGGAACAGUAGCUUUAUAAUAUAACUAGGGUCAAUAUGACAAUACAGUAGUUGAGCACAAUCAGUACACAGGUGGUAAAGCAAGACUUUCUUACCUUGUAAUAAUAAUAAUACCUUGAUUGAGAAAACAAUUUUUUCCAUCCAAGGAUAGUUUAAAGGUUUUCUAUCACAAGGUAUAAACAGGUUCGCCUUGCCACUACUUUUAACUACUGUGUUAUAUCCUUUCAUCUGAAAUGUAUGGAAAGGUAGCUCUAAAAGGUACAACAUAAGUUGUUAACAUAAAUACGUUUCUGUAUUACGUAAAUUGUUCUCUGUUCUUUUGUAUCAUUCAUUAAAAUGGUAUUAUUCUUGUCAUGAAGUUUUCUCAUUUUUUUCAUUACUGCUAAAUUAUGACGUAUUAAAAUUUACUUACCGGUAGACAAGCCUUUUUUAAACAUUUGUAUAUUGUUGUAUAGUGUCAGACAAUAUUUGGAUUCAAUGUGUUGCCUGAAGCCCAAUUGAGCCAAAAUUUCAAAAAUCUAGAGUAUAAUUUUUGUUUGUGGAAAAAUUAAAAGUUUUUUUCAAGGAGAUCAAACUAUUUUUAUUAUGUCAAACAGCUACUUUUCUGGCUUUAAUUAUUAAAGACCAUACAGUACCUUAACAGGUGUCUAGAAAACUGAGAUCUCAGUUUUAGAAAACUCAGAUAUCUUAGAUUUCAAGAACUAGAAAACCCAGAUCUUUAGUUAACAGACCAUUUUUUGGAGGGAAAUUUUAACUAAAACAGGAAGUUAUAAAUACAGGGGAAUUUCCACUGGACCCCCUCUAAGUUCAGUGGUGAAUCUAGGAGUUUGGAAAAGGGGGAGGGGACAUGAAGGUGAAAUGGGGGUUCAAUGAUUAGGUGCUACUUUAACCAUGGAGACCUCUGGCCCAGUGCCAUUUUACAAUUCAAGAUGUUCUGGGAUGAGUGGUGGUUGGCAGUGAACCUAAGGCAGUAAUCAUGUACAGUAGCAAUAAAUACAUCAUAGACAUUUUUUUCUACCAGGUUCAAGCUUAUUCUCAUGUUGCAGAGAUAGCCAAACAUACAGUACAUAAGAUACUAUAUAGCCUAAGAUGACAAAAGUCAAUUUCUGUAAGUGUGAUUCUAACAGUAAACAUAAUCAUAAUCAAAAUUCCUAAUCCUAAUCACAAUCACUGGUCACACAAAUUAUCUUUAAACACUUUGAAAGGAAUGUUUGUUUUUUUUAAAACAUUUUACUGUCUAUUUAUUUGUAAUUGUAAGGUAUACAUGUAAAGAAUUUUAAUAAAAGUCUUGUUUUAAUUUUGAAUGUCA